AUGGUUGCCGAAACAAAGUUGUACGAUUCGUUGGGCAUAAAGCCCGACGCUUCACAAGAUGAUAUCAAGAAGGCUUACCGGAAGGCCGCGUUGAAGUGGCAUCCGGAUAAGAACAAGGAUGACCCGAACGCUUCAGAGAAGUUCAAAGAGGUUUCUCAAGCGUACGAGGUACUCUCCGACCCUGAAAAACGCAAGAUCUACGAUCAAUUCGGUCUCGAAUACCUUCUCCGUGGUGGUCCGCCUCCAUCCGCCGGCGGUGGUCCUGGUGGUAGUCCUUUCGAGGGCGGCAUGCCUGGAGGAUUUCCAUUCGGAGGAAUGCCUGGUGGUGGGACACGUACAUUCCACUUCACCACGGGACAAGGUGGUGGUAGAGGAGGAGGCUUCAGCUUCAGUUCUGCCGAUGAUAUUUUCCGGAACUUCGCCAAAUCCUCCGGUGGAAUGGGAGACGAUGACUUCUUCCACAUGUUCAGUGGUGGUGGCCUCGGCGGUGGCCUCGGCGGUGGUUUUGGUCCGAGUACAAGAACUUCUCGUGGACCGGGCGCCGGUUCUUACCAACAGUCUCGCCGCGCCCCGACUCCAGAACCGACGGUGGUCGAAAAGGAGUUGCCGCUCACACUUGAAGAAAUCAACCGUGGAACAACCAAGAAAGUGACAACGAGGAGCAAAACGUUUGACGCGAACGGAAAGCGGACCGUCCAGGACGUGACGUUAGAAGCUAAUAUCAAACCUGGUCUACGUACUGGCUCGAAAAUCAAGUACAAGAACGUUGGAGAUCAAGAAGAGGGUGGUAGACAAGAUGUCCACCUUAUUGUUACAGAGAAACCACAUCCCAUCUUCAAGCGUCAAGGUGAUAAUCUCAUCACAACCGUCGACCUCUCCCUCAAGGAAGCCCUUACCGGCUGGGAUCGUAUCGUGAAAACGAUUGAUGGCAAAUCUAUUCGCAUAUCCAAAGCUGGUCCGACUCAACCCGGAUCCGAGGAGCAUUACCCCGGCCACGGCAUGGUCAUCUCCAAGAAACCCUCCGAGCGAGGCGACCUUAUUGUUCGUGUCAAUGUCAAAUUCCCUACAACUCUGACUCCCUCUCAAAAGGACAUACUUAGGGACGUCUUGCCGUGA